CGCAAUCGGUUGGCCUGAAACUUGAAGCGUGCAGCGCCGUGACGCCGAAUUCCGUGGCCUUGCCAAGAAAGUCCUGGCCACUUUCUCCACAACCGGACACGUUCUGAUUCGAGAAGAUCACAUUCUCCCGACAGCCAGGCUCUCAGCCCCAGCCGGCCAGCCCCUUCCCAGAGUCCAGACUCCAGCGUCAUGGCAGGAGCCGUAGAGGACGCCGAGGUGACGGUGCUGGGCGUGUGGCCGAGCCCAUUCGCCAUCGCCGUGCGCGUCGCGCUCAACGUCAAGGGCGUGCGGCACACGUACGUGGAGGAGGACCUCGUCGAUAAGAGCGAGCUCCUCCUCCGCUCCAACCCGGCGUACAGGAAGGUGCCGGUGCUCAUCCACAACGGCAGGCCCGUGUGCGACUCCCGGGUCAUACUUCAGCACAUCGACGAGGCUUGGGCUGCUACGGGGCCGCCCAUCCUGCCGCGCGAGGUACACGACCGCGCCGUCGCCCGCUUCUGGGCCGCAUACGUCCACGGAGAGAUCGACCCGGCGUGGCGGGCGUUCGCGUGGGCGCGCACAGACGAGGCGAGGGCGGCAGCCGUCGCGCGGCUCGUCGCAGCGCUGGACACGAUGGAAGGGGCGUUCGAGGAGUGCGCCAAGGGGGAGGGGAGGCCCUUCUUCGGCGGUGACGGGGUCGGCUACGUCGACGUCGUUCUCGGCGGGUUCCUGCCGUGGUUCGGCGCGAUUGACGAGAUGGCUGGCGGUCACGGCAGCCUCAUCGACGCGGCGAGGACGCCGCGACUGGCCGCGUGGGCGGGGCGGUUCCGAGCGGCCGAUGCCGCGAGGGGUGUCGUGCCGAGUGAUGCGGGCAAGGUGGUGGAGUACUUCCGGGCGCUUCAGGCCAGGUGGCCCGGUGCGCCAGGGGACUGACCAGUGACUAGUCUACCUGCGCUCUCGAGUCUUGACAUGUUUGUGCACAAGCCGUGCAAUCUUCAAGCUCGACAUCUUCCAGAUGCGAUCGCUAGUGAUGAGCUUGUUACGUGGUAUAUUGAAUAAGAUGAGAAUGUGUGUUCUGGAAUCUGGACUCCUCGAAGGCGUGCAAGUUCAGGGGUCUAUUCAGACACAACACUCAGACGAGCCUAGAGCAUAUGGCAUGUGUCGCUCUUGCUUCGUCGUACGAUAGUACAUUGAGUCGCCGUGGCAAUUGGCAAAUAUUCCUAAAUUUGACUCUUCAUGUUUUCACUA